UAUAAAAUAGUGUUCUGAUUGGUAAAUAAUCUAUUUUUAUCCGAAUAAAAUGUCAGCCUUGGAGAGGCAAGCGCUAAAAGCCUCUAUAGGUGGUUUACCGCCUAUGCCACCCCCAGGACUUGGUGGACCAAAGAAAAGAGCUCUGAUAAGAAAGAGAGAUUACACUCCAAUUCACUGGGACAAAUACUUUGAGCGGAUGCACGAUGUCAAGUGUGGAGAUAGUGACACCUUCAGGGUCUAUGAGUGUGGGAGCUCCGGCCCUGUCCUAUUCUUUCUACAUGGAGGAGGUUUCUCAGCCCUGAGUUGGUCUCUUCUUUGUUCAUCUCUGUCUGGUAUGGUUACUUGUCGAUGUGCAGCUGUGGACUUAAGAGGACAUGGUGACUCUAAAACCUCAGAUGACCAGAAUUUAUCAGCAGAGAGGUUGUCAAGCGAUGUUGGGAACAUUUUUAAAGAAAUGUAUAGAGAUGACCCUCCUCCUGUUCUCCUUGUGGGUCACAGUAUGGGAGGUGCUAUUGCUAUACACACAGCCUUUAGAAAACUAAUCCCCUCACUCAUUGGACUGGUCGUCAUUGAUGUGGUAGAAGGAACAGCCAUGGAUGCCCUAAGUAGUAUGCAUAAUUUCUUGAAAGGAAGGCCCAGUGUAUUUAAAUCCCUAGAACAAGGAAUUGAGUGGUGUGUAAGAAGUGGACAAGUAAGGAAUAUAGAAUCUGCUAGAGUCUCCAUGGUGGGGCAGCUGAAAAGAGUGGAGACAGAGGAAACUGCCACAGCUGAAUUAGAACAUGAAUUUGAAGCUAGUUCUCACCCACAGGGAACCAGCACCAUUAUUGAGGAGGAAGAAGACGAGAGUAAUGCCAAUAAAUCAACAAGUGAACCCCAGACUGCGGAGGAAAAUGCCAACAGUACACCAACAACAGAAACCAAACCAGAAUUCAAGAAACCUGAAUCAAAAGACCAGAAAGAAGAUGACCACCACUAUACAUGGAGGAUAGAUUUAGGCAAAACAUCACCUUUCUGGAAAGGCUGGUUUGAAGGGUUGUCAAAUAAAUUCUUAUCUUGUGAUGUCCCGAAGAUGUUAUUACUUGCAGGAGUGGAUAGACUAGACAAAGACUUGACUAUUGGCCAAAUGCAAGGUAAAUUCCAGAUGCAGGUGCUUCCUCAGUGUGGUCAUGCUGUACAUGAGGAUUCUCCAGAGAAGGUGGCAGAGGCCCUUGCUACAUUUUUGGUCAGAUACAAAGUUGCCCAGCCCACUGCUGAUUUUCACAGGGUUUUUCCUGCAUGCUGAUGCUGAAUCUGUAACAGUGGCUCAAGGAUGAAAUAUUCAAAGACUUCUGAAAGCCAUAUGACAACUAUGAGAAAUGACAGAGGGACUUAUAACAGCUCAGGUGGCCAAUGUGCUCCGUCCUUUGUGUGCUUACUCCAGGAGAUUUCUAUCAUUUACAUAAGUUUUAGAUAGAGAUGUCUUCAUGAAAUGACUACAUUACUUUUUUAAGAUCACAAUUAGAUAUUAGUGCCAUUUCUUGUUUCAAGUAUUACAUCUAGUAUGUAUUCGGUUGUUUGAAAUAACUUGUUUUUAUGAAUUUCAACUUAGAAUGCCUAAAGAAGGUUUCUGUUGGCUUGCCAUUUGGAAUUUUGUAGCUUUGUGCUUAAAUUUUGUCUGGAUGAUAUGGUGACUGACUGCAAGUCCUUAAGUUAUCAAAUUUACAUAAAAUUAAUGUAUCUUGUUAUGCAUUAAAGAGUGAUGCAGCACUUGAAGUAAUUGAAUAAAUAAUCUAAUAAAAAGACAUUUUCAGUUCCAUCUUCAAAUUUUUAGUUUUUUUCCCCCAACCAAUCAAUAGCUUUCAUAUAAAUUACGGUAUGAAAAAACUUAAUUGUUUUACUGUAAAUACAUUGUAUGCCCAAUUGCAAUAUUGAAGCAAACAUCAGAACUGUGAAAUCUAGGAAACACAUGCAUGUAGCUACAUACAUUGCAUAGUUCUUUAUAACUUAGUCUGGUGUACUUUUUAAUUUCAGUAGGAAUUGUGUCCAAGUCAACCAUUUUGUCAAGUAAACUCAUACCAUAUUAUGAACUGGAUUAAAUUGGAUGGAAUGAAAUGUCCGUUUUUCAAGCUAUCUGAGGCAUUAAGUAAUCUUUUAUUUAGUUCGUACAUUGUACCUUGUAAUACAGUGUAGUAUAAUGAACUUUUAUAUCAGAUUGAAGAGUUGCCAUUUUAAUUAUAUUUUUGUUAUUUACAACAUUUUCACACUCUUGUUUAAAUUAGUUUUUUACAUUAAAAUAUUAUUACAUGUAUACACAAAAUUUUUGUUAAAAAGUGACCAGAAAAAAUCAGGUACAUACAUGUAUACAUCUGAAUAAAAUUGAAUAAAGUGACAAAAUUGUGUUUUUUGAUUUAAAAUUUUUUCUACAUAUAGAACUUAGAUUUCAUGGUCAUCCUUACCAAAAGAUUAACAUCCCCAUGAAUGUUUAUGUUGUAAACAUUGAUUUGUUGAAUCUACUGUAAACUAAACCCACAAUAUUACAUCCCAAGGAACAAGUAUAAAACUUUGCUUGUCCAUGAACAUUGACUCCUACAAACUAAAUUAUUCCACAGAAUGCUUUUUUACAAACCCUGUUCAGUUUAAAUAUUAUUAAAUUUUGCCUACAGACAAAUACACGUCUUUAUAGAAUUAAGAUGCUCAUUUGAACAGAAGACCACACUGAGCAAACCUAAAACUACCAAGAAUCUGUGAUUUACUAUAGUGAGGAUAAACAAAACACUAAAACAGUUGAUUGUUACUCUCUGAGUGGCUCUUUGUAAAACAUUUUUUAAAACAUACAUUGAACGUCAACAAGACACCUAAAGUAGCAAAAAUAUGAUUUAUUGUAUUAUUGAAUAAAUUAACAUUAUUAU